AUGUGUGGAAGACAGGUUAUCUACAAUAAGGCAAAAGAGGCUAAGCAGUCAAAACUGACAAAACAGCAGACUCUGUCCACGUCGGAAGAGCUUCGGCUCAGUUGGCGUCAGGGAAAACCCCAAAGAAAACAUGUGAAGAAGGCAGGAAUCUCCUCUUGGAAGAGGUCCAAAUGGUUCUACGUGAUAUCUGGAAACUGCGUGUUAAGAUACAGAAAGAAAAGACUGAAGGUUUCUCUAUUGAAGGACACAUUUGAGCCCAGUUACAGAAAAUGGUGGACGGUGAUUCUGAGAUGCUUCAUACAGAAUCAAACUGGGAAUGAACCUAAGAAAUGGGACCGCACAGGGCUGGUGACUGAAGUGCUGGACCCCAACCAGUACGUUGUCAAAAUUGAUGGCUCUGGACCUGUCACUAGACGCAAUAGGCAUCGCCCUCGUAGAGCUCACAAAAAGCUCGCUGAGGACAGCAUCCCUCAGCCCACAAAAGAGGAAAAGAGAAAGCAGCAGUGUGCUGCGUACAGGGCUCGGAUUCGAGCCGACCCCCUGAAGCAUGCGGAGUACAAGGACAAGAAUGCUGCUCGGAAACGCCUGGCCCGGAAAAAGGCAACCCCGGAGGAUAAGCCUGUGGAACGCGAGAAAGCCAGAUUGCGUCAGGCUGCAUUCAUCAAACAACAUCAGAAGGCAAAGACUGCCGCGACCUCCGACGGCAAUGUGCAGGUGGGAAGGCCUCUAGAGACCCGGGCAGACGCCAGAAAAACUGAGGAGCGGCGCGCCAAGAACCAUCUGGCCCAACAGAAGCGGCGCGCCAACAUGAGCUCCCAGAAAAAGAGACGUGAGAGGGAACGCAACCGGGCUUAUUUACAGCGGAAAAGGGAUGUCCCGUUACCGAAGACCCCACCAGCGCAAGAGUCUGCUCCUUCUACAGGAACAACGUCAGAAGGCAAAGGCUGCCGCGACCUCCGACGGCAGUGUGCAGGUGGGAAGGCCUCUAGAGACCCGGGCAGACGCCAGAAAAACUGA